AUGAUGUCGACACCAUUCAACCGAAUUCCUGCCGAAAGAGUUGGAGAGGAUAGCUCAUCUAUCUGGGUGGACCUCAGUGCUCUCGCUUCUGAGAACAACGCCGUCAAUCUUGGACAAGGAUUUCCUGAUGGACCAGCUCCCAAAUUUGUCACAGAUCAGCUCAAAAACGUCUCGAAGCACCCGGAUCUCACUUGUGCUCAUCAAUACACUUCUGGAUUUGGACAUCCAAAGUUGGUCAAGGAGCUGUGCAAAUGGUACUCUUAUCUGUACCAACAACAAGUGGACGCAAAGACAAACAUUCUGGUUACAGUGGGAGCCUAUCACGCUCUCUAUUAUUCAUUCCACGCAUGGAUCAAUGAGGGAGAUGAAGUCAUUAUCAUCGAGCCAGCUUUCGAUUGCUAUGCUCCUCAAAUCAAAUUGGCCGGUGGUGUCCCAGUGUCAAUUGUUAUGAACUUCCCAGACGGUGGAACUGACGCUUCCCAGUUCACAGUCGAUUUCGAAAAGAUGGAAAGCAGCAUCACGGAGAAAACCAAAAUGAUCGUCAUCAACAAUCCUCACAACCCCACUGGAAAGCUCUUCAGCAGAAUGGAGCUUCUUAAAAUCGCAGACAUCGCUCAGAAGUACGACUUGAUCGUUGUUGCUGACGAAGUAUACGAGUUUCACUGUUGGGGUGUGCACAAACUGGUUCGAUUUGCCAGUCUGCCUGGGAUGUUUACUCGCACAAUCUCUAUCGGAAGUGCAGGAAAGAUUUUCUCGAUCACGGGUUGGAAACUGGGAUGGACUAUCGGACCACAACAUCUUCUUGCUCCGCUCAAAUCAAUCCAUCAGAAUUGUACCUAUGCCUGCUCCACUCCGACUCAACUUGCCGUCGCGAUGGCAUUCGAGAUGGAAUGGGAGACAUUCCAUGUCAAGCCUCACAAAUCUUAUCUUGGAGGAUAUUUGCCGGAGGAACUUGUGAAAAAGAGUAAGAAGCUCCAAAAGAUGCUCGUGAAAGCUGGAUUUGCUCCGAUCUUGCCCCAAGCUGGCUACUUCAUGCUGGCAAACUAUACCCGUCUGAAUACUGCUUUCAAAACUUCGGAAGAAACUGAAGAGUUGGAUGAUUACGCAUUCACCAAAUGGCUCUGCACGGAGAAGAAGUUGGCAGUGAUUCCGUUAACCGCCUUCUUUGCCAACAAUGAAGACAAGAUGAGAAACACUUCAUUCGUCAGAUUCUGCUUCUUCAAGAAGGACAAGACCCUCAACGACGGCAAGAAGAUCAUGAAGAAUCUUUCCAAGUGA